ACAUACUUGUUUGACGUUUCACCAAAUUUUUAGUACUUCCGACAAUUUGAUUGUCAGAUUCCUUCUUUUUGUUGUUUUUACGCGACUAGUUUGGUGGUAAACAACAGCGUGUGCAACCAUGAAACAAAACAAAUUUGUCACCUCUUCGCGCAGGAAGAACCGCAAGCGUCACUUCCAGGCUCCCUCACACAUCCGUCGUCGUUUGAUGUCGGCUCCACUUUCGAAGGAGUUGCGUCAAAAGUACAAUGUUCGCUCUAUGCCCAUUCGCAAGGAUGAUGAAGUGCAAGUGGUGCGCGGACACUUCAAAGGUAACCAGGUGGGCAAAGUAGUGCAGUCGUAUCGUAAGAAAUUCGUCGUGUACGUCGAAAAGAUUCAGCGUGAAAAUGCCAACGGUACCAAUGUUUAUGUUGGUAUUCACCCUUCCAAUUGCUUGAUUGUCAAAUUGAAAUUGGACAAGGACCGUAAAGCAAUUUUGGACCGUCGCGGCAAGGGACGCAUGGCGGCAUUGGGCAAAGAUAAGGGCAAAUACACUGAGGAAACUGCUGCGCAACCUAUGGAAACAGCCUAAGCAUUUGCAGUUCAUCUUUAUAAGAAUACCACUUUAGAAUAAAAUAAAUCUUCCUUUCAAAAAAUGGAAA